CUUAAAAGUCGCUGAAGUUGAGAAACACUGCUCAAAGCCAUUGGCCCCAGUCCAAUCAGUGCAAUCCCUAGUGGAUUUCUUAUUUCUGCUGUUUCACUUUCUCCCGUAACUCUACAACGGUGAUCCCGGUUAUUAAAACUAAAUAUCCCUCAGUAUCGGCCACCUCCAUUCGCGCAGGCGCAAUCUUCUAUUCUCUCGUAACAGAUCCCUGGCUUCGUGGGCCAAAACUGAGUGACGUAACCAGCGCAGGCUAGGCCAUGUGAACCGGCCGCCAAUAGCGCUGGGUAAACGUCCGCCAAGAUGGCGUCUGCGCGGUACCGGCGCUUCUUGAAGCUAUGCGAGGAGUGGCCCGUGGAGGAGACCAAACGCGGCCGUGAUUUGGGAGUCGUGGUGCGGCAGAAAGUGAUGCAGGCUUUCCGUGAGGGAGAGAAUACCCAGAUUGCUGACCCAGUGACUUGUGAUGAAAUUUUUGAAAGUUUAACCAAAAUUCAUACUAACUAUUAUAGAAAUAAGUAUCCACGUCUGAGAGAUACAAACUUCUCUGGAGUGCCAGUGGAAGAAUGCAAGUUGGUCCUUGCAACAGAACAACUGAAGCAAAUGGAAGAAGGAAAGCUUGGAAAAUUGAAAAGGUUACGUGAAAAAUUCUCUGCCAAGCAUCACAAAGAAGAUUCUAAAUAAUAACUCAGUCUUUAACUGGUUUUGUAAAGCACUUUUUGCCAGUACAGCUAAACCACCUUGUUACCAGCAAAGGACAAUGGAAAGCUAUUCUGAAAUGGGACAAAGUAGCUCCAUUUGACUACAUUGGUUUAUGAAGACCUAGGAAGUCCAUCUGAAGAACAGGGAAUUAUAUAGUUAUAUGCUGUGGGUGUUUACCUAUCUGCAUUAGUGAAUGUCAUCUUGCAACUGAUGUGUUGGAGCUUAACAGAACUGUAGUUCAUGUAAAAAAAACAAUCUAACAUUGGGAUUCUGUGAAAGAGAUGUGUGACUUCUUACUGUUAA